AGUUAGCGAAGGUAAAACAUAUGCCAUUGGGUCGGAGUGAAUUAAGAGUGAGCUUUCGUGUUACACUGAAGAUGUUAUUUUUUGUGGUACUUGUGGUAAUGUCGGGCUAUGCGUCUGGUUAUUCAGUCGUCACAGAUAAAGACACCGGUAUCAAAAUCCCCCUUCCGGAUAGUAAUCGCUGGUCGCGAAUACUCUUGGCGACGACAACGAAUGACACGCAAGCUAAUAUCACCUUCCAUGUUGAGGGCUACGAACUCCUCACCGAAUCAGCUAGCCCGGUGGAACCCUGGGCUUGGCACAUCUGUGAUAUCUUCCAACCGAGCGACCAGGAGGAGGGCUAUGUGGUGGCACCUCUUUUUAGUAUUGGAUACAAAUUUACUGAAAGAAUCCUCCAGUUAUCUUUGGUGAGCAAUGCCAGCGUCACCUGGGUUUUGUGCACAGACACCUAUACGUGCGACUUGGUGUCCCUUGAGCAGGAGGAAGAAACGGAGAUAGAGGAGCAGGUGGAGCAGGUGGAGCAGACAGGAGCUACAGGUGUCGCCACAGCUACGAACAACACCGUCCUGAUUGCAAUUUGUGUGAUCCUUGCUCUGUUGUCUUUAGUACUUUCUCUUUACAUAUGCUGGACGAAACAUCGUUGGGAGAAGACAUGCCAAAAACCACAACUAGAAAAAACAGCGACAUCCCCUCCUGCAGAAGGCAACAUGUACAUUCCCGGGCCGGGUCGAGGAGAAGCUCCUGCCACGACCUCGAGCUCGAACUCAGAACACAACAGCGAGAACAGCCUAUACAACGUGAUUACAAAAUGACGGCCACUAAGUGUUCUCUGGAUCUCUUAGUAUUUCUUUUAGCUUUAGAGUCUUUGCAGCGCUCUUGGUAACAAUCAUCCAUGCAUACAUACAUACAUACAUACAUACAUACAUACAUACAUACAUACAUACAUACAUGCAUGCAUACAUACAUACAUACAUACAUACAUACAUACAUACAUACAUACAUACA